CCCCCAAUAUCGAUUCUUCGGAUUUCAGCUGGCCCCCAGUCGGUCCAAACCACCUAGACUUAAGCAACUUUUUGGACACUUGUCCUCCUCAGACAUGACCGCAGAAUUGUGGCAGAACGUCCCCCUCGCCCCACCGGACAGUAUCUUCAAGCUCACCGCAGCUUACAAGGCAGAUACUUUCGAGAAAAAGGUUAAUUUGGGCGUCGGUGCUUACCGCGAUGACAAUGCGAAGCCAUGGGUCCUCCCAGUUGUAAAAAAGGCUACGGAACGUCUCUUGAAGGACGAUACCCUUGAUCAUGAAUACCUCCCUAUUACGGGACUUCCGGAGUUCACUGCUGCCGCCGCCAAACUUAUCUUGGGACCCGAUUCCCCCGCUAUCAAAGAGAACCGGGCUGUCGCUGUCCAGACUAUCUCUGGAACUGGCGCAAACCACCUCGGUGCCCUCUUCCUCUCGAGGUUCUAUGGCUGGAACGGGGAACCCAGAGUCUAUCUCAGCAACCCUACAUGGGCCAACCACCACGCCAUUUUCAGAAACGUGGGGAUUGAACCGGUCGACUAUCCGUACUACAACCCCCAAACGAUCUCCCUGGACUUCGAUCGGCUCAUUGACUCCUUGAAAGAAGCCCCUGCACGAUCGGUGUUCUUGCUUCAUGCAUGUGCACACAACCCGACGGGAGUGGACCCCACUCCUGAACAGUGGGAAGCCAUUGCCGAUGUGAUGCUUGAACGCGGUCACUACGCCUUUUUCGACUGCGCCUACCAGGGAUUCGCUAGCGGUGACCUCGACAAGGACGCGUGGGCAGUGAGGAGGUUUGUCGAAAAAAAUGUUCCGCUCCUGGUUUGCCAGAGCUUUGCGAAGAACGCGGGUUUGUACGGUGAACGUGUUGGAGCACUCCACGUCGUUUCGCCUGACGCCGAGACUGCGAACCGCGUCCGCAGCCAGCUUUCCGUACUUCAGCGGAGUGAGAUCAGCAAUCCACCGUCUCACGGAGCUCGAUUGGUCUCCUUGAUUCUCAACGACCCUGAACUGUUCGAGGAGUGGAAGCGGGACAUCGUGACGAUGUCCAGCCGGAUCAUUGACAUGCGGAAGGAGCUGUACCGUCUGCUGACCGAGGUGUACAAGACACCCGGGAAUUGGGACCAUAUCCUGAAUCAAAUUGGCAUGUUCAGCUUCACCGGGUUAAAUCCCGAGCAAUCGAAAGCUAUGGUGGAAAAAGCCCAUAUCUACAUGACUGGGAACGGUCGUAUCUCGAUGGCGGGGCUCAACAGCCACAACAUCGAAUACUUUGCGUCUAGCUUGGACAAAGCGGUCCGAGGAGAACUAUGAACGUCACAUCAGCAGGGUCUCGACUUUAUGCGGGAAAAUGACGUCACGGCCGAUGACGCGAGGUGUGAUGUGUGGGGCAUUCCUGCGAAGGACUGAACCAUAAAUUUUGUAUGUUUUCGCCAAGUUUUCGCACCGAGAAGAGAAAGGAUAGUCUGAAGCGUAAAUGAAUGGACCUGUUUCUAGUUGUAAAUAGAUGGAGAAGAUGUAUUUUUUCGACGGACAUAAGUUGUUUGUAGUAGAAGCAGAUAAUAAAUACUUAGGAGAUGAAAUUGAUU